AUGGAUUCGGCAAAUAUAAGCCAAGAGUUGGCUCUUCAGGCCAACGAAACACUGAAGGAGUUGUUAGAGUUUGAGGACUCCAUAGACUACGUGAAUAUGUCGUCGCCGUCGGACACCAUCUUCGCGGCCCUCGAGUUCUCCAAAGUGUUUCAUUACGUGUCGGCAGUCUUUGGUAUAAUCGGAAAUGUGUUGAUUAUAGCCAUAUAUCUGAAGUUCACUCGCAUUAGAAGUGUGACCAAUACCUACAUCUUCAACCUGGCCAUCUCGGACCUGCUGUACGUGAUAACUGUUCCCGUUUUCCUGAUAUCCAUUUGGAACAACUCGUGGCCUUUCGGAGAGUUGAUGUGUCGGCUGUUGCUGUCGAAGGGAGCCAUUCAUCGGUUCGCCAGUUCCCUCUUCCUGCUAGUAGUGGUCGCCGACACCUAUGUCUCGAUACUAAAGCCCACACUCAGCCACACGUUGUAUAAGAAGUCGAUUAAUGUCAAACUCAUUACCACCAUAACCUGGAUUAUAUGUAUGGCAAGUGUGGCGCCGGUCUUCUAUCACGCGUCCAUCUAUUCAGUGCCCAACUCUGACAUCAAUCACUGCGACCUUUUCUGGACGGGUCCGAGCAGAGAGGUGUACAUCUGGUUCACUAUCGUUAUUGCCUUCUUCAUACCAACUGUCCUCAAACUGCUGUUAGCCGUCCCCAUCAUAUACCAGUUGUCGGGCAACGCGUCCAUCGAAGCCAACGGUCAGUACUUGGCUUUCGCGGAGCGCAACAAACGGUCGGCACAUCUCAUACUAACGGUUACACUGUUUCACAUCGUGUUUUGGUUGCCCUUAUGGGUCAGCCUCAUUAGCAUCAAUCUCAUGCCAUACACUGAACAACCGGACACAUCAUCCAUACUCUUCCAUAUGAUCAGUGGAUGUAUAGGAAUGCUGAACACAGUUCUCAAUCCCAUUCUCUAUAUAAAGCUGAGUCCGGACUUUAGGAAUGGUUUGCAUGACUUAAUCACUUGUAUUCCGGAAAGUAUUUUAGCUAAAAGUCCUCAACAGGAGAGUGAAGUGAUGGAUGAGAGGGCCGUCAGAUCCAGUGAUUGUGUCACCAAAUUUGACUCAGCCAUGUCCAACACCAACUAA